AAAGAUCUCAAGUUAUCUGUGGUUUACGUUCGGAGUUUGGCGUUUAUUGGCGUGGGUCUGAAUUUCUGUAAUUCCUAUUUGUAUAAUUGCAACAAGCAUGCGGAAAAGGAAAUCAGUAAAGAAGAAUGAUGAAGAUUCUGAUGGUUCUGAACCAGCAGCGGAACCAGAAGAAUUCCAAGACUCUGGGGAAGAUUGGACACCGGACGCCGAUAGUAAUGAACAACCUGGACGUGGAACUCGUAAACGGACAUCCAAGGCAUCCAUGAACAAUACUAAAAAGAAACGCAAAAAUUCUUCGUCCGAGGAAAGUGAAGGCGAAGGGGAGGAAGACGAAGAAGCAGAAGAUGAAGAAGGAGAACUUGAUGAAGAAGAGGGCUCAGAUGAUGAGAAAAAUGGGUCAGACGGAAAUAAGUCUGACUCAAGUCAGUCUAAAGAUGUACCAAAGCAUUUCCAUUCUGGGAACUUUGUAUUGCUAAAAUCUGAUGUCAAAUGGUCAGGGGAUACUGUAACCUCUAGAUUGGAUGAACUGAAUUUGUGGAAAAUAGAUGGAAAAGCCCUUCUGCAAAAAUUUAUUCCAAUGGAAUCCAACGGUAAAAUUUUGCACAAAUGCACAUGUGUGUACUCUGGGUGGAAUGUUGAUAAUAGGGACAAUUAUUACCCUAUCACUGAAAUACUGGACCGGAAUCCACGUACUGACUCCAAGGAAAUAUGUGUAGCACUAGAUCUAAAUGAUCUUAUCAAAGUAAGGGACAAGUAAAUCCAUGGUAUUUUUUACUUAAUUCAAUUAGAUAAGUGAAAGUAAAUUAAUUAAUAAUGUCUUAAUUCCUGAUUACUUGCGUAAUUCAACUUCAUUCCAGAUUACUUUGUGUAAUAUUUUAUAAGCUGGGGAUUAAAUGUUCAAUUCUACAAUA